UCAAAAUUUAUUUAUGUUUCCUUAAGAAAUAUAAAAAAAAAAAAAAUCGAAACUUCAUCGCCUCUGUUUCUUGAGAGCCAAAAACCCCCCUCUCCCCUUCGCUUUCUUCUUCCCCUUCCCCUCUGUAAACCCAACAAAAAAAAAAAAAAAAGUAAAAGUAAAAAAAAAAAAAAAAUAGAAACCCCAUUUUGUAUUAUUCAAUUCUAGAUCUUAGGAAAAAGAAAAUCCCAAUCAAAAUCAAGUAUUUCUGUACAAUACAUUGGAGGUUUCUGUGUAAAUCACGAGGUGGAGCUGUUUUUUUUUUUUUUUUUGUGUGUUUCAUUUUAAGGGGAAGAAUCUGAAAGGAAUUGGUUGUUGGAUUUUUUUUCUUAGAUCGCCAUUUUGACCUGCAUUGUUCAGAUCUCUCUGAAUUCGGGUUUCAUUUUUUGUUUUUCUGGGUUUGUUUGUAGUUGGUUUGUUUUUGGAUCUGUUGGCUGAUGUUUCGAAGUCUUGGCCUCGCCUUUUCAAUUGGGUUUUCGCAAGAGAUGAUGAAUAUGUGAGAUGGUGAUGAUCUGAUUGAUUUUGUUUGUGAUUUUUGGCUCGCAUUGGGAUUUGUUUGUUGAGUUUUUCGCCAUUGACAUUGAUUAAUCGGAUUCUGAGAAUUUUGGGAGGUGGGAGCUUAAGAUCUUGAAGAAUUUUUGAAGAUUUUAGCUUGUAAUGUGCCUUAAUAUCUGAGAAGGACAAGAAUCGUGUGUUUUGUUUAUUGGAAAUUUGAAUUUGAAGAUGGAUACAUUAUCUUCAAUCAGCGAGGAACUUGCAGAUAUCGAGGGUCAAAUCAAUGAUAUCUUCCGAGCUUUGUCAAAUGGAUUUCAGAAGUUGGAGAAGAUUAAAGAUUCAAAUAGGCGGAGUAGACAAUUGGAAGAGUUGACAGAUAAGAUGCGAGAAUGUAAGAGGCUUAUUAAGGAGUUUGACAGAGAAGUCAAAGAUUUAGAAGGAGGGAACAACGCUAACACUAACAAAAUGCUGAGUGAGAAAAAGCAGUCUAUGAUCAAAGAGUUGAACUCAUAUGUUGCCCUUAAAAAGCAACAUGCAAGCACUCUUGACAACAAGCGAAUCGAUCUCUUUGAUGGACCUGGUGAAAGUUAUGGGGAAGAAAAUGUGUUGCUAGCUUCAAAUAUGACAAAUCAACAAUUGAUUGAUAGUGGAAACAGGAUGAUGGAUGAAACUGAUGAAGCAAUUGAGAGGUCAAAAAAGGUAGUUCAAGAAACGGUGAAUGUGGGAAUGGAGACAGCUGCAGCGCUGAAGGCGCAGACCGAGCAAAUGAGCAGGAUCGUGAACGAGCUUGACUCCAUACAUUUCUCACUGAAGAAAGCCUCCAAACUGGUGAAGGAAUUAGGAAGACAAGUUGCAACUGAUAAAUGUAUAAUGGCCCUCCUCUUCAUCAUUGUCCUUGGUGUCAUUGCCAUUAUCAUUGUCAAGUUGGUGAAUCCAAAUAACAAGGACAUUCGGGACAUUCCGGGGUUGGCACCGCCCGUUCAGAGUCGAAAACUGCUAUGGAAUUCUGGUUAGAAACCCGAGUUACGAGAAAGAAUCAUAAUUCAUAUCCUGAAACUCACUCACUUUUCUUGGAAUGCUGUGCGCAAUUAGCUAGCUACGUGAAAUUCUUCUAGCCUUUUGUAGCUUUGUGAGAUAAUAAGCUCUGAUGGGCUGAAUGAAGGAAGGAAAGGAAAGGGGCUUUGCUGACUUCAUUCAAACAUUUAAUAUUGGCAAAAGGAGGGGGACAGCUUAGCCAGGUUCUUUCAUAUACCUAUGUCCAAGUUCAAGAUUGUUACCCUUUACUUUAAAGCUACAAUUUAUAUUCAUUCUCACUGUGUCCUGUCCUGUCUUUGAGAUUUUAUUGAUAUAUAUAUGUAUGGUUCUGUCUUGUAUAAUGUAACCUUAAAAUCACUCAUAUAUUCUAUUGUUUUGCAUUUA